CUUACAGUUUUACUACCACCUUACAAAUUUUCUAUAUAAAAACAAGUUCGGUACACAAUUACAAGUUACAACACUAAACUUCAAAAACCAGAGCACUCUGUUUUCACAAAGAUGAACUCAACUCCAAACCCUUCCUCUUCAUUCGAAUUCAAUUAUCUCCCCUUCAACGAAAACGACCCCGAAGAGAUGCUUCUCUACGGCAUGAUCAACGAUGCAAACACCUCCCUCACUAGCACCAGAGUUAAAGAAGAAGAGGUAAGUUCCAUAAGUUCCGAAGAGAACGAGCCGCGGAAGGAGAAAUCCUACCGCGGCGUUCGAAGGAGGCCAUGGGGGAAAUUCGCAGCCGAAAUAAGGGAUUCAACGAGAAACGGAAUGAGGGUUUGGUUAGGAACAUUUGACAGUGCUGAAGCAGCUGCUUUAGCGUAUGAUCAAGCUGCUUUUGCCAUGAGAGGCACUUCUGCUAUACUCAAUUUUCCUGUGGAGAUUGUGAGAGAAUCGCUUAAUGAUAUGAAUUGCGAUGAAUGUUCUGAAUAUGGUUGUUCUCCUGUUGUUGCUCUUAAGAGGAAACAUUCUUUGAGAAGGAAAAUCGGGUUCGCGAAGAACAAAGAACAAGAUUUUAGAAACAAGAACAACAGUAAUAACAAUAAUAUCAGUGUUGAUAAUUCUGUCGUGUUUGAAGAUCUUGGUUCGGAUUAUUUGGAACAAUUGUUGAUGUCUUCUGAUGAAUUUCCUUGUCCUAAGUGAUUUUUUCAACAAAAAAUUUUGUGAUGAAAAAAUAUCAUCUGUGCGCAACUACAAAAAUUAAUAUUUUUGCACGUUCUCGACUGAAUUUAAAUCCAAGACGUCUUGUUUUGCUGUAAGAGAUCAUUUACCAUUUUAUCCAAGUACAUUUGGAUUUUAGUCAUAUUUAGCUUAAUUUUAUUUCUAUUUUUUUUUUUUGGUUUUUUAGUAAUUUUAUGUAAUUAAUAUUUUACUUUUUUUUAAGGGUGAUGAAAGCCUUUGUAGUGUUUGAAUGAUCAAAAUUUGAAGAUCAUUUUGAUUUUUUUUUUUGAGUUUGUGUUAUGAUUAUUAUGUUUCUUUUUGGGAGUCUAUAGGAGAAUUUUCUUCUAAAUAAUUUGUUUUUUCUUUUGUAUGUAAAGUUGAAUAGAUAAGGUUCAAGGAAUGAAGUGGUGAAGUUUGUGGGGUAUGGUUUUUGUCGUUAUUGAUUGAGGUGAUUGUGGUUUUGGCUUUAUUUGAGUGUAAAGUCAACAUGCAUAGAAUAGUUGUGUAAAAUGUGAAGUGCACGCGUGGAGAAAUAUACAAGCAAACAUAUAAUAGAGUUUCUUAACUAUUUUGGCAACCUUGUAAUUUUGUUUGAGGAUAUGUGUGUCAAAAUCUUACAUUUUUGGCAAUGAGAUCUUCGUAUGACAGCUUAUUAACAACUUCUUUGUUCUUUGUGGAGUCUUAUUUUUUGGUUUUCAUGUCAAAUUAUUUAGUG